UUCUUCUUAAUACUCCGACUGUUGCAAUUGAAACUGCGCCAUUUGUGUGUCUGUCAACAUGGCCGGUACAGUGGCAAACAAGUGUCUCAGUCCUCUGGCUUUUCUGACCAGGAGGCUUUCUGCUCCGGAAUUCAUCACCCAGUGUUGCUACCACAAGAAGGUAGUGGAUCAUUAUGAGAAUCCAAGAAAUGUGGGCACAUUGGACAAACACUCCAAGAACGUUGGGACUGGCCUUGUGGGUGCUCCAGCCUGUGGAGAUGUAAUGAAGCUCCAGAUUGAGGUAGAUGACCAGGGGAAGAUCGUGGAUGCCAGGUUCAAAACAUUUGGCUGUGGCUCUGCAAUUGCCUCCAGCUCCUUGGCCACCGAGUGGGUGAAGGGCAAAUCUGUGGAUGAAGCUUUGAUGAUAAAGAACACUGACAUCGCCAAAGAGCUCUGUCUUCCACCAGUUAAACUUCACUGCUCGAUGCUUGCAGAGGAUGCCAUCAAGGCUGCCCUGGCUGACUAUCGUCUCAAGCAACAGGAUGACCAACAGGAGGCAGUCAGGGCCAGCAAUUAACUACACACUGUCACUCUGAGUUGGGCAUCACCGUUUGCUUCCUCCUACUAAGAAGAGAAGUUGCAGUAGCCCAGCAUCACCACCUCUUUCCUGCACUGUUGUUGAGGCACACCUAAUAAUGCUGGUGAUAUAUACACCAUUGUUGGCUCUCUAUAGCAAUGUUACACCAGGCUUUCUUUAUUAGUCAGUGGUCCUCUAACCUUGUAUACUGUACCUUUUAGCCAGUCACGUAAACGCACAAUGUAAGCACUGUUGGGUUGUUUGGUACAAAGCUGAGCCUUAUUUUUGAGUUUGUGUCAUAUUUUAAGAUUUUGUGCUUAAGGAGUGUUGCUUUGAUGGAGUGUGAGUGAUGGAGAUUUUGAUUAAAGCGUACAGCUGUUUUAAGUAUCUCUGCAACCCUGAGCACUGACCUUUUGAUAUGCAAGUAAACAAAGUGGGUUGAGACACCAAAGGGUCCACUGGUUUUAAGUGUAAUUUAUAAUUAUUUUGUAGUGCUUCCACCUGAUUAAAGUAUCCUGAAUCAUG